AGUGUGGUGAAAUAAAGGCACUUUCUCACUACAACAUGACAGCGGAAACUUUACGGACGUUUAGUUCAAGAGGAGAAGGUAAGUGACUGGUGUCAGAAGGUCAGAGGAUGUUCUCACGUUCAUACUGAUCACAGCUCAGCAUUUACACAGACAUAAUUUGCGGGUGUGUCGGCGUCACUUCGCUCUGCUACAGAAAUAUUCAAAUCCCACAAAUACACAACUGCUGCUGCACAAAUCCUUCAGCACACAAAGUGGGCGGAGUCUCCAACCAGUGAGGAAGCUGCUGAUUGGUGUGUCAGUGGGUGUUCCUGCGGUGGUCAGUGUGCGCUAUGGUCUCUCUGACCCCAAAGAAAGGAGGAAGAUGAGAAUAUUAGUGGAGGGAACAAGACGCUUCUGCAGAUCUUUAUAUAUCGGAUGUCUGAUUUCGGUGGAUUAUUGGUGGACAUCCAACGUUGUUCUUCGUGGCAUGGAUGAAGAAUGGCCGGAGUUCAAGGCAGCCAUGUCCGCGUGUCACCAGCGGGCGGCAGACAGCAUAGUGGAGGGAGCAGUGAGGAACGGGGGGGUGUACAUUAAACUGGGACAGGGCCUGUGCUCCUUUAAUCACCUCCUCCCUCCUGAGUACAUACACACACUGCAGGUCCUGGAGGAUAAAGCACUGAACCGCCGCUACAAAGAGGUAGACGCUUUAUUCCUAGAGGACUUCAGUUCCACUCCAGAUAAACUGUUUAAGACGUUUGACUACGAGCCCGUGGCAGCUGCGAGUUUAGCUCAAGUGCACAAAGCAGAGCUACAUGACGGGACGCCUGUGGCUGUGAAGGUGCAGUACAUCGAUCUCAGGGAUCGCUUCGACGGAGACAUCAGGACGCUGGAGAUCCUGCUGGAUAUAGUGAAGCUUAUGCACCCAAGCUUCGGUUUCCGCUGGGUCCUAAAGGACCUGAAGGGAACGUUGGCGCAGGAGCUGGAUUUCGAGAACGAGGGCAGGAACUCAGAGCGAUGUGCUGAAGAGCUCAAGCACUUUAAAUUUGUGGUCGUACCCAAAGUGUUCUGGGACCUGACCAGUAAGCGCGUCCUCACUGCCCAGUUCUGUGACGGCUGUAAAAUCAACAACGUCGAGGAGAUCAAGAGACUGGGCCUGAGUUUAAAAGACACUGCAGAUAAAUUCAUCAGGACUUUUGCAGAACAGAUAUUUUACACUGGCUUCAUACACGCAGACCCUCAUCCUGGAAAUGUGUUGGUGAGAAGAGGUCCUGAUAAAAAAGCAGAACUUGUUCUCUUAGAUCAUGGACUUUAUGAAAGCCUCAGCAAAAGUGACCGAGCCGCUCUGUGCCAGCUGUGGCGCUCCAUCGUCCUCAGAGACGAAGACGCCAUGAAGACAUACGCCAACAACCUCGGGGUCAAAGACUAUUUCCUGUUCUGUGAGAUGCUCCUUCAGCGGCCGAUCGACAUGCGUGAGCUGGGUCUGGGGAACAUCCUGAGCCGUGAGGAGACGUCGUACAUGCGCAGUAUGGCCGCUCAGCGCUUCGACACCAUCAUGGAGGUGCUGAAAGCUCUGCCUCGGCCCAUGAUGCUCGUCUUCCGCAAUAUUAACACUGUGCGCAGCAUCAACGUGGCACUCGGAGCUCCGGUGGACCGCUACAGCCUGAUGGCCAAGAGUGCCGUGCGAGGUUGGGGUAAAACCAGAGCAGACGAGUUGAGGCUUCUGCCCCGGGUCACUGUGUUGCGCUGGAUUUGGGGUUUCUGGGAGGACGUGAAAUUUGAAUGUGCUUUAAGGUCAGAGAUGAUGAUGAGGAGUUUGACACGCUGUGUUCUGCAGCUUCUGUCCUUCUGUGGUUUCAUCUCUCUCCAUCCAGACGUUUAUCAGUACCUCAAAUAACCAAAAACUCAGCUUUAGUCUUUAUUUUAUUACAUUUUACACUCUCCCAGCAGCAGAAGUGUAAACUCUCACCUCUGUCCUCUCGCCGUCUCUCAUCCUGUUUGACUUUUUUUUGUUUGUUUCCUCUUGUUCACUUCCUGUGUCCUGGUUUUCACAUCUGUUUCCCCCUUUUUGUAAUUAAAUCCUCCACUAUGCAGACAGUCUGUGCUUUAGCCACGAGGACAGCGAUGUAAUCUAAUACUUUAUAAUAAUAAUAAUAAUAAUAAUAAUAAUAAUAAUAAUAAUAAUAAUAAUAAUCAUAAUAAUAAGACUUUUCCUGGUGCAGUCGUCUUUAUUGUAGAGACACGAUGAACGUCAGACAUUCAGUCUGACUAAAGUUGUAAUUUAUUGUAAUUCUACACAUUUUUCCUUCAGAUAGAAACAAAACACUCAGGUGACGAUAAAAGCAUGGAAGGAGACGACAGCCGUGCUAUCAGCACAACACACUGAGUUAUCAGAGCAAAGUUCAGCCCUUACACUUGGCUUUCCUUCUUGUCUCAGACCUUGAAGUGAAUCAUGAACAAGUGGGACUUUAACAAUGGGACAAAUGGGACAGAGACAGAUGAUAUCCUGAGUUACUUCCCCUUCCCUUUCCUGUGAGACAGGAACCACACGACUAACGUAAAGUUGAUUUGGCUUCCACAUGAUUAAUAUACUAGUAAUAAAAUUUAAUAAAACACAAUUUCCCCCUUUGAGAGCUCUAAUAACUCUUACAAAAGAUACGUACGUCCACCAGACUGCCACCGCUGGGCCCCUAAGUAAGGCCCUUAACCCUCAAUUGCUCAGUUGUAUAAAAAUGUAAGUUGCUCUAGAUAUAAGGGCGUCUGCUAAAUGCUGUAAAUGUAAAUGUGACAAAUGACAUGACAUACCUUAUUCAAGGGCACCUCAGUCGUGGUAUAGCCGGUCCGAGACUCGAACCCACAACCUUAGCGUGAGGAGUCAAACUCUAACCAUUAGGUCACGACUUCCCCACAAUUUUCACAUAUCCCAGGCUAUUAUGAGCCUGGGGUCAGAGCACAGGGUCAGCCAUCGUGCGGCGCCCCUGGAGCAGGUGAGGUUAAGAACCUUGCUCAAGAACCCAACAUAGAUGUCUCAGCAGCUUGUGAGCUUGAACCCCGAUCUUCUGAUUAGGAACCCAGCACCUUGACCGCUGGACCAUCACGUCCUCACAAAAAGGAAAGGGGUCAUGCUGUAAAUUUCUUCUGAUAUCUUGCUGCUUUUUUCUACAAUCUUUUACCUAAUGCCCUUAUUUUCCACAACAGUUCCACGUCUCCUCUCUCUUAGGGCAGCUCUGUUCUCACCUGGUCUCUGCAUGGGAAUUACUCAGGGAUGACUUUUAUCCUAACAUCAGUAUCUCGCUCCCAGAUUGCUGACCUGUCCAAGUUACUUCUCACUGUUUGAUUAGAACAAGUAAGGUGUAGGAAAGCCAGAGCAUUUCUGUAUUCCAAUAAAAGGCCAUCAAAUCAUGAUCUGACUGUUGGCCCCUUAUCAUCUAAUACAUUAUCUGGACUGUUGGCCCCUUAUCAUCUAAUACAUUAUCUGGACUGUUGGCCCCUUAUCAUCUAAUACAUUAUCUUUACUGUUGGCCCCUUAUCAUCUAAUACAUUAUCUUUACUGUUGGCCCCUUAUCAUCUAAUACAUUAUCUUUACUGUUGGCCCCUUAUCAUCUAAUACUGUACAUUAUCUGUACUGUUGGCCCCUUAUCAUCUAAUACAUUAUCUGGACUGUUGGCCCCUUAUCAUCUAAUACAUUAUCUGGACUGUUGGCCCCUUAUCAUCUAAUACAUUAUCUUUACUGUUGGCCCUUCCACUGUAUCCAACAGCUGAUCGGACAAAAUCUUCAUGUGUUCGCUUGGGGCCUGUGGUAGCCUAGUGGUUAAGGUGUUGGACUACCAAACGGAAGGGUGUGAGUUUGAUUCCUAUGUCCACCAAGCUGCCACUGCUUUGCCCCUGAGCAAGGCCCUUAACCCUCAAUUGCUAAGUUGUAUAAAAAUGAGAUCAAAUGUCAGUCGCUCUGGAUAUAAGGGCGUCUGCUAAAUGCUGUAAAUGUAAAUGCUUACAGUUUCUUCCUUCUUCCGCACAAAGCUCAUGACUCUUUGCUGGCGCGUGUGAGACCGUAAUUACAGUAUAAUAUAAAGGUUAUUAAAGUAUGUACUAUUAACAUUCACAGUACCUUCAUAAGCUCUGAUUCUGUUAACACCUGAGACAUAAGUCGAGUGACCUCCACUAGAGACGUGUUGGAGACGAGAUGCAAUUAUUUUGCUAACGCUGUCCUAAAUUACAGUUUACUGAUGGCAAAGUCUGAGAGUCUCUCUAAUGCUUCAGGUCCUAAUGCUUUACUCGGACAUGGGCACAGAGUAUUUUCUACCUCUUCUAUUCUACAUUGAACCCUUUUGUGCUCCACACACUUCAGGGGCAUUGACUGGCUGAUCAGUGAGGUCACUAAGGGACACAUCGUCUCCCUUAUGGUUAAACUAAGACUGUAAGGAUGCACGUGUUCUGACCGUGUUGACUGCUGAUCGAAAAUAUGUGUGUUAAUAAUAUAUAAUAAUAAUAAUAAUAAUAAUAAUAAUAAUAAUAAUAAUAAUAAUAAAAUCUAUUCCUAAAAUUUGUCCCACACUUGUUUGGCUGCUCUUCAUCCUGGCGCCGUUCUCAGCAGGUCACAUGACUCUUUAAUCGCGUGACCCCUGAAAGUAACUAGAGUCCCAACGGUUUCAUGGCAAUGGGGGCCAAUACUUAUACAAAUCAGAACAUUUACAUAAUUCCGUUUUAUAAAUCAUAUCGGUUGAGUAUUAUGGGAUGUUUUGUGUAGAUUUCUGAAAUAAAAUCGCAGCUCAAUUCAUUUCAGUUCCCGGUUGUAACGGUUGAAGGGGGUGAAAACAUACGCACAGCAUCGUAAAAGACCCUGCAGUCGUGCAGCGAAGUGAAGAAACAGAUUAUUUUUAAAUAAUUACAAAGCUUUAAAGUUUAAAAUUGUAAUCUGUAGUUAAUCUGAGUUUAACUCGGUUAUCCCAAGUGCCAUAUUGUAAUGAAUCGAACACAAAUCUCUGGAUCGUCUGAGUGCAGAAGAAGUUCUUGUGGGACGUGAUGACCGUCUCACUCACCUGUGGGACGUGAUGACCGUCUCACUCACCUGUGGGACGUGAGGGCCGUCUCACUAACCUGUGGGACGUGACGACCGUCUCACUCACCUGUGGGACGUGAAGACCGUCUCACUCACCUGUGGGACAUGACGACCGUCUCACACACCUGUUGGACGUGACGACCGUCUCGACUCACCUGUGGGAUGAGACGACCGUCUCACUCACCUGUGGGACGUGACGACCCUCUCACUCACCUGUGGGACGUGACGACCCUCUCACUCACCUGUGGGACGUGACGACCCUCUCACUCACCUGUGGGACGUGACAACCGUCUCGCCUCACUUCCAUCAUGUAACAUUUAUUACUGUUUGACUUUAAUGUUGAAUUUGAAUGUAAACCCUGUGACACUGACAGCAGUGACAUGAAGCAGUCGUUUGUGUUUAAUGUAUAAAUGAUUUAUUAAAAAAAGGAAAGUUGAUGUUCA